AUGACGAUGGCGACGGUGCGGCGCCGUGCGGUGUGGGCCCUGGCGGUCCUUGCGCUGCUGUGCGGCAGCUGCUGCCUCGUGUGCGGGGCGGCGACGGCGGCGGCUGAGCAGCCUUCAGUGGGGUGCAAUGUGAAGUUGCCGGUGGAGGUUGCUUGUGGGCGGGUGAGUGGAAAUAAUUUGAAACUUCGAGUGCGUGGCGGUGUUGCGUGGGUUGUGUGCGCGUUGGACGAUGAAGAUCGUGCUGCGUUGCGCAACACAAGUCACGUUCUUGCUGCGUGGAAGGAGGCGGGGCAUGCCGUUGUUGGCUCCGAGGCGAAAUUGUGUGGCGCCACUGGGGACCACAAUGAAACUGUUUGCAUCGUGGCCGAGUUUAUCUACGCAUCGCACAGCUGCGCUACCAGCUGCGAAGGAAAAGCAGAGGAGACCGUUGCCUUCACGAUGAACCUUGCCGACGACGAAGGCAGUGAUCUGCACAAGAGACUGCGGGAAGCAACUGGAGCUGCGGGAGCUGAGACGCCAAAUGGAGAGAGCCGCAGUGUUUCGGGCGAGACGGGCGUCUGUCCGCUAACAACACCCCACGAGGGGGCCAAUGGCAGGGACGGUGCUCCUGCAGCCGGCACAGGCAGCGCCGCAUCUGCCACUGCCACUGUCGCUGGGAAACACGCCUCCAACAAGACGGACAGCAGUUACACCACCACGACGUUUUUGCCUACACCUCUGCUGCUGCCGCUGCUUGUGGCUGCCGUUGCCUGCGCUGCUGGGCGGUGGUGA